CCCGGCUCAACCUGCCCCGGCAGUGCACGCCCACAUCGCUCAUAGGGCAGACGGCUAAUUAGCGGCACGGUGUACGGAUUACAUGUACAUGUACAGGCCUUAAUUAAUUACAGAGCACACACCCAUAUGACAGCCCUCAAUGCUUGCAGAGCACGAGGAAAGACGAGUUUGAAUCCACCAUUCCAGCCGCCUCGCAGUCUAAACUCCAAGAGGCCAAAGCCCGACUUGCAUCGCACACCUUGCCGCCUCGACACACCUUGCCGCCUCGACACACAGCCGCCUCGACACACCCUGCCGCCUCGACACACCCUCAGUCUCAUCCGCACCGAUAGCCUGCGCCUGCGCCUGCAACUGUCGAGAUGCCUUCGAUUUCGGGCCAAUCGCUCCUCGUGAUCGGCGGCUCGUCGGGCAUCGGGGCCGCCGUCGCCAGGCUCGCUGCCGAGCAGGGCGCGCGCGUGUGCAUUGCGUCGUCCAACGCGGGCCGCGUUGCCGAUGCUGUCGCGAGGCUCAAGGCCGAGUCGCCCGCCACCGCUGACGUCCGCGGCUUCACCGUCGACCUGUCGCGGCCCGACGUGGAGGCGCGCCUCGAGAAGCUGUUCGCCGACGUCACGGCCGGCGGCACCCGGCAGCUCGACCACGUCGUCGUCACGGCCGGCCGCGCCGGCAUGCGCACCAUCGCGCGCACCGACCGAGACUUCAUCCUCGGGCAGGCGCAGCUGGCGAUCGUGGCGCCCGCGCUGAUCGCCAAGCUGGCCCCGCGCUUCCUCACGCCCGGCUACGCGUCGAGCCUGGCCUUCUGCGGCGGCCGCGCGGGCGACAAGCCCAUCAAGGGCUGGCCCGCCGCCGCGUGCUUCGCGGCCGGCCUCGAGGGCUUGGCGCGCGGGCUCGCCCUCGACCUGGCACCGCUGCGCGUCAACGUCGUGCACCCCGGCGCAACCGAGACGGAGCUCUGGGGGCCCACGCCCGAGGACCGCAAGGGCGCCAGAGACUUUUUCGCCAAGACGGCGCUGCUGGGCAAGGUCGGCACGCCCGACGAGGUCGCCGAGGCAUUUGUCUACCUCAUGAGGGACUCUAACACGACGGGCGCGACCAUCAACUCCAGCGGGGGCAUCGCGGUGCAGUGAGCUGUGCCGGUGCCGCAUUGUAUUUAACUAGGCACUCUGCGAUUAACGAGGUUCAAUACAUGACACGCAGCCUGGCCAUCUUCUAAUGUCUAUGCCUGGCCAAGUGAUGUCAUGAUCCGUCCGAGAUAGCCCAGCCACGGAGCCAGGGAUUUUACAGAGCGUUACAACUAGGAUUUCACAGAGCGUUACAACUAGGAUUUUACAGAGCGUUACAAUCAAAGUAUUUAAGGUCUAGCAAUUUCCACUUUUGAAUGCCAUUCUCCAC